AUAGGAUGGGUUGUAUAGGUUCUGAUAUAGGAAUCAGCACAGGCUUGUGGGCGGAGACCGACUGACAGGAGGAGGUAGACAGAGGUGGCUGUCUGGGGACGUACAUGAACCAUAAAUGCAUUGGUUGAGAUGACACUUUGAUUCCAGGCAGACAAAACCCAUUGAAAUCAUGGCCACAAAUCCAGUCAUUCAGGCUGUUAUUGAUCUUACUGCUGGGGCUGCAGGUGGGACUGCAUGUGUUCUCACUGGACAACCUUUUGACACCGCUAAGGUGAAGAUGCAAACAUUCCCUAAGUUAUAUAGAGGACUUAUAGACUGUGCUGUGAAGACAUAUAGUCAAGUAGGAAUUAGAGGCUUUUACAAAGGCACCAGCCCUGCACUCCUGGCAAAUAUAGCUGAAAAUUCAGUGUUGUUUAUGAGCUAUGGCUUUUGUCAAAAAGUUGUAAGGAAGAUUGUUGGCUUAGACAAGAAAGCAGUGCUAAGCGAUUUGCAGAAUGCAGCUGCCGGCUCUGUGGCGUCUAUUUUUGCUGCCCUGGUACUCUGCCCUACCGAGCUAGUAAAAUGCCGUCUACAGGCUAUGUAUGAAAUGCAGUUAUCUGGCAAGAUAGCACAAGGACAGAAUACAGUGUGGUCAGUAGUUAAAGGAAUUGUGAAACAAGAAGGCGCAAUAGGAUUCUACCAGGGUCUGACAAGCACGAUAUGCAGGGAAAUGCCGGGUUAUUUCUGCUUUUUCGGUGGAUAUGAACUUAGCAGAACAAUUUUUGCAUCUAAUGGAAAAUCAAAAGAUGAACUUGGUCCUGUUGCACUGAUGAUAAGUGGUGGCUUCGGAGGACUUGCCUUAUGGCUUGUUGUGUAUCCAAUUGACUGUGUCAAAUCCAGAAUUCAAGUCCUUUCCAUGAUGGGUAGACAAGCUGGGUUUAUAAAAACAUUUACAAACAUUGUGAAAAGUGAAGGUGAUAUCAGUGGUCUCUUAUAAAGUUUCAAUUGCUUAAUAUUUACAAAUGGGAGUUAAGUACAAUUAUAGAUCUUGAAUGUCUAUCUAUUUAUCUAUCAAUAUAUCUAUCUAUGUUGUCACAAGUCACUAAGAAUGUUUUUGAUGCCCAAAGAAUUAAAGAGACACUGAACCCAUUUUUUUUUCAUGAUUCAGAUAGAGCAUGCAAUUUUAAGCAACUUUCUAGUUUACUCCUAUUAUCAUUUUUUCUUUGUUCUCUUUAUUUGAAAAAGCAGGAAUGUAAGCUUACGAGCUGGCCCAUCUUUGGUUCAGCACCUGGGUAGUGUUUGCUGAUUGGUGGCUAAAUGAUAAUUGGAGUAAAUUAGAAAGUUGCUUAAAAUUGCAUGUUCUAUCUAAAUAAUGAAAUAAAAAAUGAGGUUCAGUAUCCUUUAAGGAGCAGGUUUAAGCACUUUUUAGUUUUUUUACAUUUUAGAAAGAAACAGGCGUUAAUUGGCUGUGAUAUGAUCUAACUUGAUUUACAUUUGUUUAUGUUGCAGGAAUCUUGACAUUAUAUUCUGGACUGACACCUACCCUGAUCCGUGCAUUCCCAGCCAACGGUGCUUUGUUUUUAGCCUACGAAUACAGCAGGAAGCUAAUGCUAAAGCAAAUUGAUUCAUAUUAACAUUUGGUUAAAACUGGGACCAUUUUUGUCCUCUCAGGGUUGUACUGCAAUAUUGUGCCGGAAAAGACUUUUCUCAUAUUACUUUUUUUCUCCAUGUGGGAAGAGACAUUGGGGACGUUUUAUUAAGCUCCGAUUGGCCGCGAAUCUGCAGGGGGCGGCAUUGCACCAGCAGUUUACAAAAACUGCUGGUACAAUGAUAAAUGCCGACAGCAUAUGCUGUCGGCAUUUAUCAAUGUGCAGCGGACAUGAUACGCUAAAUCAUAUCAUGUCCGCUCGCACUAUAAUAAAUAUACCCCAUUGUUACUAGAUUUUAACCAGUGUACGGUUUUUAUAUUGGUUAAUUUUUACAGAAUUUACUUGAAACCUAUUGAUAUAAACUAUGUAUGGCAUUAAUUUGCUAUAUAGAAGUCAGUAAGCAUACAUGUUUAUGACGUAAUCACGCUUGUAUUAAAGAGACAUAACUGUCUAUGAAGUAAAUACUAUACAGGGCUAUAUAGACCUACCAUGCUAAUGGUCUGAUCUUUCAAUCAGAAAAAGGCUACUUUAACCAUUUAUAAAACACAGAUGAGCACCAUGUGCAUGUGCCAGUGUCAGCCUCAGAGCUUACAAAGCCGCUGAUUGGUGGGUAGGCUACUUGCACUAGAUCAUCUGCUAAUUAAACUAGCGUAUGAGAGUGUAUUGACCUAUCAGCAGCUAAGUACACUCUCCUAUCAGCACCAGCUUUAGAGUAGAUAUCUAGUUUUAAAAAUACAUUAAAAACAUUGCAUAGUGCCUUGCAGCAGUACAACCACAGUAUUCACCUCAUGACCAUCUAACUGUCACAGAUUUCAUGUUUCCAGAUUUCUAAUAAGGUGGGGGGACCAUACCUCUUCAUGAUAGAGUAGAGGGGUUUGUCCAUCCAUCCAAGUUUAGUGCCCCGGAAAUGGCCUAGCAAUCAAGCCAUGGAUUCUCUAACAUUUUAUAACCCUUCUUAUUAUCACACUUUUUCAUAUCAUAGUUUUAUGUAUUGCGGUUUUCAUCCAGUUUUAAAACACAAAUACAUGGCCUGCUCUAGAUGGGUGGAUGUUGGUUAUGUGCCUAUUUAUACGCUAUAUAGCCAAAGCUAUGUGGACACCGUUACUAAUUAUUUAGCUCGUGUUUCAGCCACACGCAUUGAUAACAGGGGCCUAUAAUCCAGCACAUAGCUAUGAAAUCCAUAUAGACAAAGGUUGUCGUAGAAUGAGUCGUACUGAACAUCUCAACGACUUUAAAUGUGGCACUGUCAUAGGAUCCCACCUUUUCCACAAGGCAGUCCGGCCGCUGAGUGUUAAAGGGACAUUAAACCCAAAAAAUGUCUUUCAUGAUUCAGAUGAUUCAGAUAGAGAAUACCAUUUUUAAAAAGUUUCCAAUUUACUUCUAUUAUCAAAUUUAUUUCAUUCUCAUGUAAUUCUUUGUUGAAGAGAUACCUAGGUAGGUAGCGUGCACAUGCCUGAAUCCCUACAUGACAGCAAAUAGUGUGGCCAUCCAGUGCACUUGCUAAUGUAUAACAUUGUUGCAAACUGCUGCCAUAUAGAGCUUCAGACACGUGCACACUCUUGAGCUUACAUUUCUGCUUUUCAAAUAAGGAUAACAAGAAAACAAAGAAAAUAUGAUAAUAGAAGUAAAUGAGAAAGUUGUUUAAAAUUUGAUGUUCUAUCUAAAUCAUGAAAGAAAAAUAAUGGGUUUUAUUGUCCCUUUAAUGCACGGGGCACAUGAAAAAUAACCUAUCAUUUUGCAUCACUCAUUACCAAACAGUCUCUGGAAGCAACAUAAGCAGAAGUGUAUUUUAGGAGCUUCAUGAAAUGUGUUUCCAUUGUGAGAAACUUUACACAAUGCUCACAUCAAUAUAUAUAUUGUGCAAAAAGAGGCUGCUCCCAGGUGUAAAAUCACAAUAGCACAACCUAUGGAGCUGUUGUUCGUUCCUAAGAGAGUACUAUAUAUAUAUUUAUAUUUAUAUAUAUGCACACGUUUAUGAUAUACUGUAGAUAGAUAUAUAGAUAGAUAUAGAUAUAAAUACAUAGCUUUAGGGGGUUUUCCAUUCAUAUGAAAAUGUAGUUUUUACUAAACUUUAUAAACUGUGUUUUUAUGUAGAGCUUUUAACAAAUCUACACAUUGUUUUAAUUUAGGACUAUUAAGAACAGUAAACUAUGGUAGACAUUAGAUUAUUUACAUAACAAAACAACUAUAUAUUGAACACAAUAAUUAUGAACCUUGUCAUUAGUUAUUUUCCUUACAGAAUUUCAGGUUUUCUUUUUUUUACAUUAAAAUGAUUUAUUACAGGUACAAAUCCAUAAUUCCAAAAUCCAGACUUUUUCAUUACAUUAUGUUUUUCUACAUAAAUUUGUUAAAAAUUAUAAUUUCCCUGCCAGUGAGUCACAAUCUUCUCUGCCUGCCUGUUUGGUUUUCUUUUGUGAUCUAAAAUACAAAUGCCAAUCAAUAUUUAUUUAAAACAACAACUAUUACCUGUCUGAUUACAGUACUGUACUAUUGUUUGAUGGUACUAUGUAUACUAAAGUAUUACAAAUGAUAAAAAAACUAGCUUCAGAUUGCAGGUAUAAGCUGUAUUGUGUAAAUAUUGCCUGAAUACGAUAUGGUUGAUUACACUUGGCCCAUCCCAUUCCCAAAGUGUCCCAUUUUAUAGAUGCAAAUAUAUGAUUAUUAUAAAAUCCAAACCUUUUUGACUCCCAAUAAGUUUGGAUAAAGGGUUUUGUGCCUGUAUUUAUAUUCUGUUUCCUAGCUAAAGUAGCAGCUUGGUCUUUGAUUAUCCAAUAGGGUGAUGUAGAAGGAUAGUUAGCAAAAUCUAUUUCAGCUGAUUUUUUUUUAAUAGCUAAACUUCAUUAUUUCCAGAUGUAUUUAUCCAACCUUACAUUAUGGAAUUGAAGCUGCUUUUCUAUAGGGAGAUCACAUUCCUAAAAUACACUACUCCUAUGUUUAGUAUACAUUACUUUUCUGUCAGUUAUAUAAGUGAGCAAACUUCACCUACAUACAGCUGGCAAGAUAAAUAAGUGAGACUAGCAAUCGUAAAAUGCUUAGAGCAUAUCAUGAGAAUUGUGAGAGAGCUUCAGACAUAACCUGGGAUCUCCCCUAAUCAGUCCAGAGAACUCCCUUGUCUCUCCCACUUUCUGAAACUGUCAGUUUUAUUUUACGAUAGAACAAAUACAAAGUGCAAUGUAAAUUGUAAAAAGAUACACAGAAAUAUACAAAGUAUGAUACUAAUUUGUUAAAAUGACACAGAAACUUUUAAAGCAUAAUCAGAACUUGUAAAGUCACUGCUGUAUAGAGUCUAAAUGCAUUAAAAUGCAAAACAGAAAGUGCAAAGUGUAAUAAAACUUAAAAGACCCAAUCUGGUCUAAAAUAAAAUACACGCACAAAGUGUAAAUAAAACAAAACUCUCAUUCCAUGCAGCUCUAUAUUGCACUAGUCUGUUCUUCACGUAGAGAAAUGCAGGGAACUCCCCUUAGAGAAAUAUAGCAAAUUCUUGUGAAAGACCUUGCAGUGCUCGAGGAUCAUUUUAGAUCAUCUCAUCUGAGCGGAGAACUUUAUGGGGGUAUCUGUCAUCUCUCUGGGACUUCCAGGUUACGAGUAUUCAGUGAGUUUAGCCCCUGUAAUGUAUGCACUAUAAUUUCUUUCCAAGAUGGAGAAUCUUUGAUUAUUGGGGCCUCAGUGUGUAUUUAUGUUCCUAUACGUGAUAUAUUCCUAAAUAUAUUGCUGUGUUAACAUAUAUGGCAGACAGCCAAUAACUGCUUAUUUUCAGUAAAUCUAAAAUAUAGCAGUGCAUCAUUUGUUUAUGACAUGGAAGUCAAAUAAACUUUCAUGAUUCAAACUAUUAAAACAAAAAAACCUUCUGUCAUCAAAUUUACCUGUUUUUCUUGAUGACCUUUACUGAAACUUAGUGUAUUUCCAUGAGAGCAUACUGAGAUAGGCACAAGAGUGUGCACUAUAGGAUUGUUAGAAUCAUUUUAAACACUGCUGCAAUAUAAUGCUCAAGAUAUGCGCACGCUCCUGAGACUACUCAGUAUACUGUCAUGGAAAAGAUUUAUUUUUUAUCAAAGGAUAUAGAGAAAAAGAAGUAAUUGUGAUAAUACAAUUGGAAGCUUUUUUAUUAUUGGAAGCUUUGUCUAAAUCAUGCAAGUUUAAGUUUGAAUUCUGUGUCCCUUUAAUAUUCUACUUGCAUUGUGUGCUAUUUGAAGGGGCAUUGCUAUAAAAUGCAUUUUUCCUUUAUGUGUUAUCAAUGGCUUUUUAUACCAGCUGAAGAGUAUUAAAUAUAAGAGGAAUUGCUCAUUUAUGUUUAGUUUUGUAUUUGAAAUAACUGUUGGGACUCAAAACUGACAACAACCAUACAGAACCAUUCUAAACGUGUUUGUAGGAAAAAAUAAAUAAAUUGUAUUUUUGUUAUGUCAUACACCUGUAAACUAGCAUUGAGUAUCAAAAAUAAAAAUUCCAACUCA